AUGAGCAACUUGCUGGCAAUCGACUUCAAGAGGACAGAGACCCUGUCGAUGACAAAGGCCCUCAGCGACUACAUCUCAACCUCAUAUGCUGAACACCCAGACACCUACCAGGACGACUUUCGCGUCCUUGACGAGCUCAGGGCAGACAUCGUCAACCUCGAGCCCCACCAAAACGCGCUCAACCGUCUCCUCAAGUAUCAUGCCCAGUUGGUUUUUAUCAGCUCAAAGUUCCCUAUCGAUACCGGCAUUGAGUUUCCCUGGGCGCUCGUUAACAGCACAGACAAGAAAAUGAAUUCGUUCAGGAAUAUGUAUUAUGAGCGAGCAUGCGUCUGCUUCAACAUUGGAGCUAUGUACUCUCAACUGGGCAACAACGAGAACAGGAACUCGGCAGAGGGACUCAAGCGUGCUUACUCGUACUUCCAGUUGAGGAUUGCUCCAACAGUGGACAUCUCGACUGCAGCUCUGACUGUCUAUGUCCAGCUAAUGCUAGCCCAAGCUCAGGAGUGCUUCUGGCAGAAAGGCGCUCUUGACCAGAUUAAGGAUGGAUUGAUUUCGAAACUGGCAGGCAAGGUCGCGGAUUACUAUGAGGCGGCUCUGGAAGGCGCAACCCACAGCAGCAUGUCGUCGCUCUUCACCAGCUCAUGGACCAGUCAUAUACAGGCCAAGGCGCUUCACUUUAAUGCAGUCUCGCAGUACAGAAAGUCGUGCGAAUGUAUUUCUCAGAACAAGUACGGCGAGGAGAUCGCUCGCCUUCAGAUCGCAGAGAGGCUUGUCAACCAAGGGUUGAGUCAACGGGAUCUUCGGGACACUGUGACAAAUGACCUCAAAUCGCUCCAGAAGGCCAUCCACAAGAAUUUGUCGCGGGCAGAAAAGGAUAACGAUAUCAUCUACCUGGAGCCGAUUCCAGCAGAGGCGACUCUCGUUACUAUUGGAAGGGCUGAUAUGAGCAAGCCGACGCUCAUCCCCGAGAUUUCGAACCCUGUGCCCUUGAUGAACGAGCACAACAUGCUUCUGGGCGUGCCAUUGUUUUCGAGGCUAGUCCCCUUUGCGGUCCACCAGGCCGCAAGUGUCUACACGGAGCGCAAGGAACGGAUCGUCAAAGAAGACAUUGGUGGUAAAUUUGAUGAGCUCACCGGAGUCUGCUACAGCCAGAUGCAGGCGCUCAACUUGCCGGGAGCAUUGCAGGCGAUGGAGCAACCGGUGGGGUUGCCUCCUUCGUUGCUGUCACACAUCGAUGAGAUUCAUGCGGAGGGAGGCGUUCGGGGCUUGCACGACAUGAUGGAAACUGUGCGGACACUCUCUCGGCAAAAUUCGGCCAUCCUGGACGAGAUUUUUGAAGCCUUACAGCAGGAAGCGGACGAGGAUGAAGCGAUGCGACAACGAUUCCAGGGACGAUGGAACCGGCCCACAUCUGCAUCUUUGACGGUUGCGUUCGUGGAGCAAGGGCGGAAACAUCGCGAGACUUUGGAGACUGCCAGGAAGAGUGAUCUUAUUGUCAAGAACAAGCUGGAGGCUCUAAUGACCACCUGGGGCAGGUCCUUGGAGCUCCUGAGCAGCGGACGCGCGGAGGUGGAAAGAGCUGUGCCGAAUACUACGAGCGCACCAGGAUCAUCAGACCCGGAGAUUGUGGACGACUUGAAGAUGUUGCUGGAGGAAGUAGACCAGAUGAUCAAGGCGCGUCGGAUCAAGCUGGAGGAGAUCAAGCGGAUCGCGGACGAGGAUGAUAUUGGACCAGCGCUGGUGUCGAUCACCAACAAGCUGACUGCAAAUUCGUCUGCGGUCAAGAUUGAGCCCGCCCACUUUGAGGCACUCUUCCAGGAACAAUUGAAGAAGUAUGAUGGAUACAAGCGACUCGUCAAGGAGGAGACCGCCACUCAAGAAGACCUUAUGGAAGCCAUCCAGGCAUUCGUUGCGUCGAGGAGAAGUAAUGCUAUGGUUCACCAGCGCGAGAAGGCACUUCAAAAUCUGGACGCUGCGUUCCAAAAGUACAAGGGUAUCCUCGCCAACUUCAAGGAGGGCACCCAGUUCCACCGAGAUUUCGAGAAGAUUUUAGUACGCCUGCGUGAUAACUGCCGAGAUUACUUUUUCGCCCGCAAGAUGGAGGCCAAGGACUACUUGAGUGAGGUGACGGUGGGAAUGUCGGCGAUGGAUUUGAACCGGACACAACCGCAGAUUCCCGUCCAGACCUCGCCCUAUGAGGUAGCGAGCGCGCCUCCUCCAGUGUCAGGAGGCGGCGCAUGGAAUCCGAGUGUUGGAGUUCGCUUUGGAGGAUCACCAGUUGCAGCACCAACAACCACUCCUCCCCAUUCCGGAACGGUGCCGAUUUCAGCAUUUGACCACAGUCGACCCAGUCCUUACAGCACGCCAAACAACAGUCGUGGGUACAUGGAUGAUUCUGCGGGAGGGGGACCACAGAACUUUGCUCAGCAACUUCAGCAGCAGUUUCAGCAGAAGCAGCCGGCACAGGCACAGGGGCAUGUUCAACAUCAACAACAGCAACAACACCAUCAGCAGCAGCAGCACCAGCCUCAGUCAACGUCUCCUCCACCAGCUUACCCUCCUGCACCAACGAGCGGACAACAGAAUAACAGAGGAUGGGACCCGACCAAAGGACUUCACUUUGGCGGCAAGCCCAAGAACUGA